AUGGCAGGGGAUGUCACCUACGCGGACGUGGCAAUGCUGCCGAGGGAAGGAGCACACGUUCCCUCUGGGACACCAGCUCCAGGAAACACCAUCACGUACGCCGAGCUGUGCCUGAAGACGAAACCCAACAGCAGACCAGAGACUUCCUCUCCUGGCUCCCCACACAGGUGCUCAGCCUGGUUUUACGUGGCGCUGGUCCUGGGAGCCCUCGUGCUCGUCCUGCUCGGAAUCACAGCCACACAAGCCAAGCAAUUUUUGAAGGGCAGAGCAGGAAAAUCAGAAAGUUUGUCCCAGUAUGGUCUGAACAGCACCAGCUUUUCUUCAGAGAAGACCUUCCCUGCAGUGCUCCUGAAAUGGCUCACGGAGGAACUGUGUGAGGAUGCGCAGGGAACAACGUGUGAGCUCUGUCCCCCCGGCUGGCAGCUGCACAGGGGCAGAUGUUACUAUUUCUCUGAGGAGGCCAGCAGCUGGGAUGACAGCCAGAAAAAGUGUCUGGCCAGGAAAUCCCAGCUUCUUGUCGUUGAAGAUGAAAUCGAGAUGGAAUUCAUAGACAAUAAAGAGAAAGAUCCCAAAUAUAUCUGGAUCGAGAUGAAGACUCAAGACAAGAAGAAACGAUGGAGUUCAGCUGGAGAUCACAGAGUACAAAUAAACAGCAGGACAGAUCUAAGGAGAACUGAGACUGACAAGAACUGUGCUGUUUACAGAAGGAAAAAUGUGAUCCAAGCAGACAACUGCCAGACCUUAAAGAAGUGGAUCUGUAAGAAGAACGCAACUUUGCUGGAGCUCUGAGCCAAAUUUCCAGACAACAGGCAGAGCUUUCUGUCAGAAGACCCAUUUUACUGAAUAACCAACUUGUGAUGUAAAUAAUUUUAAGGAGACUUGCGUGGAA